AUCAACAAUCGAAGAGGGAAAUGGGUCAGAGAAAGUUGAAUGUGGAGAGGAGGUAUUAGAAAUUGAAGAGAGAGAUGGGUCAAAGAAAGUUGAAUUUGGAGAGGAGGGAUUAAAAAUCGAAGAGGGAGAUGGGUCAGAGAAAGUUGAAUGUGGAGAGGAGGGAUUAAAAAUCGAAGAGGGAGAUGGGUCAGAGAAAGUUGAAUGUGGAGAGGAGGGAUUAAAAAUCGAAGAGGGAGAUGGGUCAGAGAAAGUUGAAUGUGGAGAGGAUGGAUUAAAAAUUGACACUGGAUAUGGGUCAGAGAAAGUUGAAUGUGGAGAGGAUGGAUUAAAAAUUGAUGAUGGAGAUGGAUCAGUGAAAGUUGAAUGUGGGGAGGAUGGAUUAAAAAUUGAUGAUGGAGAUGGGUCAGAGAAAGUCGAAUGUGGAGAGGAUGGAUUAAAAGUUGACGACAGAAAUGGGUCAAAGAAAGUUGAAUGUGAAGAUGAUGGAUUAAAUUUGAACAAGAAUAAGAGGAGUAAAGUAGAUGGUGAAGAUGAUGGAUUAAAUUUGAACGACAUUAAGAGGUGUAAAGUAGAUGGUGAAGUGGAUGCAUUAAAUUUGAAUGAGAGUAAGAGGAGUAAAGUAGACGGUGAAGAUGAUGGAUUAAAUUUGAACGAGAGUAAGAGGAGCAAAGUAGACGGUGAAGAGGAUGUGUUAAAUUUGAACAAGAGUAAGAGCAGUAAAGUAGAUGGUGAAGGCUCUGGAGAUGAUGACAUCAUAAAGAAUGGAGUGAAGGAGGAUAGCAAAGUUCAGAAUGUUGUUCGGGUUUUGAGGUCAAGGUUUGUGGUGAAUAGUGGAAAUGAGAAGAAAGGUAAUAAGGCAGAAAUUAAGGAAAAGAAUAGAAGUAUAUUGAUUGUUGGAUUUGAGAAUGAAAGGGUUGUGAAUGUGAACGUGGAAGAGCGUGAUAAAUCUGAUGAUAGUGAGGUGUUGAAGAAGGUGAAAGGUAUGCGUGGGAGACCCUCAAAAGUUCGAAAGAGUGAAGAAUCUGAUGAUUGUGUGGUGAGGAAGAAGGUUAAAGGUAAGCGUGGGAGACCCCCUAAAGUUCUGGACGGUGAUGAAAUUUAUCACGAGGAGGUGAAGAAGGUGAAAGGUAAGCGUGGGAGACCUCCUAAUGUGCAAGCUAGUGAUGAUUCCAAUGAUGUUGAAGUGAGGAAGAAGGUUAAAGUUAAGCGUGGGAGACCCCCAAAACUGCAUAAGAGUGAUGAAGCUAAGGGUGAGAGAAGAAAUAAAUCUGAAUUGAAGUGCAGAGGACCAUCUAAGGUUCAGGAGACUUAUAUAUGCAGUGGGGAGGAGAGGAAGGUAGUGAAAGAUAAGUGUGGUAGACCCCACAAAAUGGCACAAGACUGUGAGGAAGCUGAUGGUGAGGGAAGGAAGUGUUUGAAACGUAAGCGUGGGAGACCCCCCAAGGAUGAUUUUGAUGUGGGAAGUAAGAGGCUGAAAAAAAAGCGUGGGAGACCUCGCAUAGAGCAGGCUAGUAAUACUAUUUUGAAGCCCAAGUUUGGUAAGGGAAUAAAGGUAAACGUCUUUAGAAAAAGCAGAAGGGAGUUAGAGCAGAGAGAUAAUGGGAAAGGAUCAAAUGCGAAGAGGUUUGCACCAACUAAGAAGAUUAAAUGUGAAACAGAGGACAGUGAGACUUCGUCAAGGCUGACAUCAGAAGCAGUAAGGGUGUUGAAAGUUGAAAGUCAGAGUGAGAAGAAAAGUGCUGAAGCUAAGCAAGAGGAAACAUUGGUAAGAAGUGAAGCAAAACAGUUGAUAAGAGACCAAAUAGUGGAACUUCUUUUGGCUGCUGGUUGGACAAUUGAGUAUCGGCCUAGGAAUGGUAGAGAAUACAAAGAUGCGGUAUAUGUUAAUCUUGAGGGGAAAACUCAUUGGUCAGUCACCAAAGCUUACAAGUCGCUUAAAGCUAGUUAUGAACAAGGAGAUUCGAAUGCCAGGAGUGGUUUCACAUUUACUCCAAUAGCAGAGGACGAGCUCAAAAUACUUGAGAGAAAAACUCAUAAGACCAGGUCAGAUAAGAACAAGAAAAGAUUGCAGAAAAAGGCAAAUGAUUUGGACACAGAUGAUGAUAUCGUUACUAAAAAGAACAGGAAAAAACAAAAACUGCCCAGAGCAAAACUGAAUUCUGCUGGCAGUUCAUGUGGCAAGUCACUGAAAAGGGGAAUCAAAAGGAAAUCUUCAGUCUGUGAGGACAAUUCAGUUGGUCUGUCACACAAAGGAACACUAGUAACAGCCAGGAAGCGUAAGCAACAAAAAACACAAAAUAGGAAGCGAUGUGCUUUGUUGGCUCGCAACUCUGUGGAGGGGUUAGAGUCUGAUAGUGAUGGCUAUUUACUGUAUGAGGGUAAACGAACUGUGCUUGCUUGGAUGAUUGAAUUGGGCACUGUGCCACUUAAUGGGAAGGUGCAAUACUUGAACCCCAGAAAGACACGAGAAAUGCUAAAGGGCAAGUUUACAAAAGAUGGCAUAUAUUGUGAUUGUUGUGAUGAAAUUUUUUCUGUUCCUAAAUUUGAGGCUCAUGCAAGUAGCAAACCCUGUUAUCCAUUUCAAAAUCUUUACUUGGAGUCUGGAACUUCCCUCUUGCAGUGCAUGCUAGAUUCAUGGAAUAAACAAGAAGAGUCUGAACUUAAGGGGUUCCAUUUUGUUGAUUUUGGUGGUGUAGACCCAAAUGAUGAUACAUGUGGUAUAUGUGGAGAUGGUGGAGACUUAGUCUGUUGUGAUGGUUGCCCAUCGACUUUCCAUCAAAGCUGCUUGGAUAUAAUAAAAUUCCCUUCUGGAAAGUGGCACUGUGUAUAUUGUUCUUGCAAAUUUUGUGGGAGAAUUGAUGAUAAUACUUGCCAAAUGGAUGAUAAGGAUUCAGCUGUAUCGGCAUUACUAAUAUGCAGUUUGUGUGAGGAAAAAUAUCAUCAAAGCUGUAGUCAGGCUGAUGAUGCUAUAAAUGAUUAUCCUAGUAGUCUAACCUUCUGUGGAAAGAAAUGUCAAAAGAUAUUUCUGAGACUAGAAAAGCUUCUCGGGGUUAAACAUGAAUUGGAAGAUGGAUAUACAUGCUCUCUUAUCCAUCGGUCUGAUGUUGGUUUAGAUCUUGAUUGCACUGAUGUGUGUCAGAAGGUUGAAUGUAAUGCCAAGUUGGCUGUUGCAUUAUUUGUUAUGGAUGAAUGUUUUUUGCCUCUUUCUGACCACAGGAGUGGGGUUAAUCUGAUUCAUAAUAUUGUCUAUAAUUUUGGGUCAAACUUUAAGCGUCUAAAUUAUAGCGGUUUUUACACAGCAAUUCUAGAGAGAGAUGAUGAGAUCAUCUCUGCAGCAUCCAUUAGGAUCCAUGGAAAUGAAUUAGCAGAGAUGCCCUUUAUUGGGACCCGCCACAUGUAUAGGCGUCAAGGAAUGUGCCGUCGGCUUUUAAAUGGAAUUGAAUCUGUUCUCUGCUCCCUAAAUGUUGAGAAGUUAGUCAUUCCUGCAAUCUCUGAACUCACUGAAACAUGGACUUCAGUUUUUGGUUUCAAGCCCCUUGAAGUGUCAAGCAAGCAGAAAAUGAAGAACAAGAAUCUAUUGGUGUUCCCUGGUGUAGAUUUGUUGCAGAAACCAAUGCUGAAACAUCAUUUUAUUGAGAAAAAUAUGAUUCCUGUUGAAGGUGUGAAAUCCGAUGAACUUAAGAAGCAUCAAACAGUUGGUGAGAUGGCACAUAAUUCUGAUGGGAAACGUUCGUAUCUGUUUGAUUUGAAUGUUUGUAGUGAGGAUACAGAACUUCACGAAUCUGUCACUGAAUCCACUUUGCAGCUUCCUGAUGGAUUCUCACAUGGUACGUCUGGUGUGAUGAGUGAGACUGUCAACUUCCCAGAAUCCACUAGUGAUACAAAAUGUACUGACCAAUUGGGUGUGACUCAUGAUGUAAUGGAGGGGAAUGAUAAAUCUGUAAUUAAUCCUCUGGGUUCUGCAUCUGAUGUUGGACGAACUGAAGAUACCAGUAAUUGUGGACAGUGUCUCCAUGCUUCUACGUUGACUACUGAAGGCAGUGCUUCUGAUGGUAAAAUAGAAAAUAGCAUCAUUGAACACAACCUCAGUUCCUGUGAUGAGGCAUUUGCACAUCAAUCUGCUGCAAGUAACACUACUGAACAUCAGCCCUUGGACAUUUUACAGGGAUUAAAAACUUCUAGUGAGAAUGUUUUCGCUCAUGAUUCAGAGGCUACAAAUCAUAUGGAUCCCAAUGCAAAGUUUAUUAAUGGUCUGCAGCAGUUGCAGGUCACAUCUGAGUCAGGUGAAGGAAUACUUGACACUGAUGUAGUGAAAAGUAACCUUGCUGUUUCCCAGAAUCCGUCUACAUCAUCAGUUUGCAGUAUUAACCAAACUUCCCAACCCACCUUCCAUAAAGUACAAAAUGUUGAUAAUUCUUGUUGUGCCUUACUAUCUGACUGUAACAUCAGGUCUCGUCAGGGCAAUGGGUUUAAUGCUCAUAAACUAGUCUCUGCAGUUGAUAAGGUUUGCCCUGGUGGGGCUUCCACUGAUACCCCUGGAAAACCUGAUUGUCAGCCUACCAUGAGCAGUGGCCUUUGCUUGUCUGCAGAUGCCAUGGCAGGUUCUUGUGAGGCUACUUUGAAUGAUGACCCUAGCCCAAAAGAAAAUUCUAUUUCUGUUGACAAGAACCCUAUUGCUGAUGGGUUUCAGAUGAAUACUGAAUCUUCAAUUCACCCUGGAGCCAAUUCUCAGGUUUCUCAUUCGAGUAUCACACAUUGCAAUUCUGAAGCUUUGUGCAACUUGAGUCCUGGUUCAGGUGUGGGUGUUCGCUGUGCCCCUGGUGGGCUGAGCCAUGAACAGAGGUUGCCAGAAGACUACCAGCUGGGCUUCAGCAAGUGA